GCCCUUCUAUUUAUCUCAGGGUCGAUAUUGUAAGGUUUUUAAUAUUUUUCAAAAAUAUGCAAUCUUCACCAGUUGAAAAAACGAAUACUGGCAAUGGAAAUAAUUGGAAAAGUGUAAAAAGAAGAAGGAAGCAGAUAUUAAUAGCUCGAGAUGCAUCAGUUCCGGUCGAUUCCGAGAAAGAAGUCCACAACAAUGCUCGUGAAGAUUAUGAAAAGUUUAAUAAAUUAAAUAAAAUAUUCUAUCAAAGAUCAUGGGUUCGAGCAUCUAAGAGCAAGAAACGAAAGACUUUAACUGCAAUAUCUUACGCAAAGUUUAAGAAGAGCAUACCUAAAAUACUUAAGAAGUCAAAAAAUACGAAGCUUUCUCUUAGGCCUAGGACACCUACACCUCCCUUACCCCCUCCAAGACUUCCUUGUCUGGAAAAUUUGGAUUAUAAUAAAAAUUGUAACGAAACAUUAUCAUCUUUUCAGUUAGAAAAUAAUGAAAUGAAAAAGCAAAAGCGUAAUAGGAAAAAGCUUAAUGCAGGAAAAGCAAAACAUAAUACGAAUGACACAAAAACCAAAUCAAAGAUACCCAUGAAAAAGUUAAAACGUUCAAAAUUCGGAUGCUUUUUAUGCAGAGAGCAUUCAUUAGAUCGUGUGUAUGGCCCAUACGAUAUUGAUAAUUUGAAAGUUCAUAUUCACGAGCACUGCUUAAUUUGGUCUACAGGUGUUUAUUUAAAAGAGGAUGGUGAACUCGAAGGAUUAAAAGAAAUUGUAAAACGGCAGAAAAAGUGUUCAAAGUGCAACAAAGUCGUUGCUACAGUAUGCUGUUCAGUAAAGAGAUGUAACGCUAUAUUCCAUUGGCCUUGUGUGAAAGAAUCGAGCGAGCAUAUAAAAAAUAACAAUAGUUUUUUAGUAAACUGCCGCAAACACACUAAGAUAUAA